AUGCGGCACUCGAAAUUGCUGCUUAGCGCUCUGCUUUUGGCCAGUUGCUUGGCUUUGGCGACGCCUUCAUUGUUGCAGCUCAAGAAGAAGCUGCUCUUUGGCCAUGGCGGUGGCGGUGGAGGUGGCUUUGGCGGUGGUUUUGGCGGUGGCGGUGGAUUUGGUGGCGGAGGCGGCUUUGGAGGUGGCGGUGGCUAUGGCGGUGGAGGAGGCGGAGGUGGUAACUAUCAUGGCGGAGGAGGAGGAGGCAACUAUCAUGGCGGAGGAGGAGGAGGCAACUAUCAUGGCGGAGGCGGAGGAGGUGGCUAUGGACGCAAGCAGCCCAGCUAUGAAAUUUAUGUGGUGAAGCAAGUGCCUGUUUAUCAUGGGGGUGGAGGAGGCGGAGGAGGAGGCAAUUAUCAUGGUGGGGGAGGAGGAGGUAACUAUCACGGAGGAGGAGGAGGAGGCAAUUAUCAUGGAGGAGGCGGAGGAGGCAACUAUGGAGGCGGCGGCGGCGGUUAUCCUCACUAUGGAUCCGGAGGCGGAGGGAGCAGCAAUGCCUAUGCCAAGGCAUCUGCCAACGCCUAUUCGGGCAGCUGGUAA